UAGGAUCGGUUAGGAUAUUUACAAUUCAAUAAAAAUUCACAUUUUUAUUGAAUUGUAAAGCAGAAUUGAACCUGUUCUCCUCGGUUCAUCCCUGAUCAAAGACUCAAUACCUUUUGGUGUCAAAUGUCUAUAGUAAAUCUUACUUUGCUGCAGAGCUGAAGUCCAACUUCAGCGGUCCACCUCCUGCCUCCAUGGCCGCCGGCCCUGAUGCCUAUCUUCAGGGCAGCAUCAGGAUGACUCUGGAAGACCUUGAACUAUGGAAGACAUUCCAUGAAAUUGGAACGGAGAUGAUAAUCACCAAACCGGGCAGGAGGAUGUUCCCACACUGUAAAGUGAAUUUAUCUGGUCUUAUUCAGUGUGCCAAGUACAUCUUACUGGUUGACAUGGUUCCAGAGGAUGGCUUCAGGUAUAAGUGGAAUAAAGAGAAAUGGGAGGUGGCAGGAAAAGCGGAGCCUCAGCCUCCCUGCAGGACCUACCUCCACCCAGACUCUCCGGCCCUAGGGAGCCACUGGAUGAAGCAAAGCAUCUCCUUCCUCAAGCUCAAGCUCACCAACAACACACUCGACCAGCAUGGGCAUAUCAUCUUGCACUCAAUGCAUCGUUACCACCCUCGUUUCCACGUUGUCCAAGCCGACGACCUGUUCAGCGUCCGCUGGAGUGUGUUCCAGACUUUCACCUUCCCAGAGACGUCCUUCACCGCAGUCACUGCCUACCAGAACACCAAGAUCACAAAGCUGAAGAUCAAUCACAACCCAUUUGCAAAGGGUUUCAGAGAUGAGGGCACUAAUAAAAAAAGGCGUGCAAACAAAAACCCUGCAUGCCUAGAAAAAAGGGCCAAGUUACCAGGCGUGUUGAACGAGGACUCCAAGGACAGCAGUUCACCAGGGUUCUGCCAGUCAUCAUAUGAUGGUUACGAUGGAGAAGAGGGGCGCCUGGCCAAAAGGAAAGACGAGGAUGCUGUAAAGGAAGAGCGGUACUCCCCCUGGGGCGCCGAGAGGCAGCAGGGUGUGAGGACCGACUCUCCCGCUGGGGCGGACACAAGAGAAAUCUACAACACAGAGCAGCUAGUUCCCGCUCCUGCAUCCUACCAGCCGUACAGGGCCCAUGAGUACGGAAAGUCUCCGUCCCCCUCCUCCAGCGUCGGCAGCAGCAUCACAGGCUCUGGACGGAGCAGCUUCGAGUCCAGAGUUCCCGACAUUGCCACUGACCCCGAUCACGACUCCUCCAAGCCUGGCCCUUCCCACUGCGGACCCCAGCCCCUGCCGGGCCCCCAGGACUACAGUGGAGUGCUGAACAUGACCAUGGCCCAGGCCGGCAAGCCGGGGGUCAUCGGCCACCACAUUUACAGCCCCUACAGCACGGAACAGCCGCUGGGCCAGUGGAGCGGGCCGGGACCUGCACAGUAUCCCCCUCCUCACCCUCUGACCGCCGACUACACCACGCAAGCGGUGCACCACGGCUAUCACCAUGGCAACGUGGGCGAAUGGAGCCAAUAUCCGCUGUUCUCUUACUCCUGCUGGUGAGCAGGCUCUUCAGUGUCAAAUGACUGAGAGCUUAUUAAAUCUGACGGCUGAUGAGGCGCACAGACCUGACAAUGCAUGCCCCAAACCACGCUGAAGGCCUGACACUCGCGACAAGAGGAAGGUUCUGAAAGGAGAAGAAAUGUGGCCCAGCGGGCCUCAACUUU